AAGUCUACUUCAUAUUCAGUUUAUUUUAUGUUUAAUAAAUUUCUUUGGUUUUGUAACCUUGUUUAAGUUGUGCUAUUCUUGCCUUAAUUGUGUUUCCUGGUUAGACUCUAGUCUAUUGUGCUCAACUUAAGAUUUGUAUCUUAUUUGGUUUCAUCUCUAAGUGAUGCUCGAACUGAAAGCUAUUGAGCUGUUAAUGAUAAUUUUCAUCUUGGUUCUUGAGAUACAAUUCUCGUGCUUAAGUCUGUUCUGGUUGAGUUUAGAAACUCGUUUUGGCGCCUAAUAGCUGUUAUUUCUGUUCUGCUUUCUAAAGCUAAAUUCCUGUCCAAGCUGCUAAGCUAACUCAUCUUUCAAACGUGUGACCAGUUAGUCCAUUUCCUGUCUUGUGACAAUCUUUUCUUGUUUGACCAGAUUUGUGGUUUCAGCCAUUGGUAAUCUUGGUCUUUGCUGAAAUUGAACUCUUUGUUUGCUCUGGUUUUACUUUCAACAGUAAUCUUAUUUUGAGUUUAGAAACUCUUUGGUGAUCCUAAAAGAACCUGAAACUUCAGGAUUUGAAAGGCUGAAGAAAUCUUCUGAGUGUAAUUGAAUUCUAAUUCAAGUUUAAAAUUAAAUUUAAUUAAAUUAAAUUGUGCUCGUGUUUUGAAACAUUUAAAUAUGGUAACAUCCUUUCAGUGCAAACUUAUCAAACUCAAGGUAGAACUUACAAAGAGAAAGGUUCAGAUCUCGGUUUAAUCUGUUUGGAGAAUCAAAUCGAUUUCAAUAUUAUUCUCAAAACGUAUCCCAAGUCAACAUUCACUGAACUUCUCAUAUACAUCAGCAGUAUACUUGGAAUCUGGUUUGGAAUCUCAAUCUAUGGAAAAUUGAUAGACGGAUUCAUUUUCCCAGCAAUACCUCAGCGCUCAGCCCAUAUUUAUCCCUUCAUAUAUAUGUGAAUAGAUAGAAUUAGUUUCUAGUUUGAAUUCACGGAAGAUUGAUAGAUGUGUCCAUUUUGCAUUAAUCAUCGAACUAAUUAUCAAUGCAUAGAUUUCUAUGAUUCUUGAUGAUUUAAGGUUUAAGGAUAUAAGGUUUUUGAUGAAAUCACUUUCAAAGUUCAAAAUUAGAUUUCAUUUUAUUCAGCUGUAUAACCAGAUUUUAUUUUAUGUUUUAGUUUUCCAUUGACGAUGGUUUUCUUCAUUAAGCAUUUGUGAAUUUUACAUGUGGCUUGAAUUAAGCAUACGCGGUUAAAAAAAACUUGCGAUCAGCCAUGAUCGCACCAGUUUCUUGUGAAGAUAAUUGCAGAACCUGUAAUCUCGUCCUGUAUUUUCUUUUCAAAAUUUCGCCUCAUUAUCAAUCUUAUCUCCAAAAUAAACUCCAAUUGUUUUGACUCAAUCAUCUGACUUAUGUGAUUUCAUCUAAUUAAGUUCAGUAAGCACUCAUCGAUUCCUUGGAAUUGCCUGUAGCAAAAGUACCUAGAAAACAAGGUUUUUUUUCAUGAAAUCAGAUAAGAGGUUUCAUUGUUUCUAUUACGUAUUGUGAUAUUGAUUGUUAAUUUUGUUGUGAUGAAUCUGUUAAUUUAAUCUUUAUCGAAUAAUAUAAAAGCGUGUAAAACUCGAAUAGUUUUUAUUCAGUUUUGUAUGUUCAUUAAAAAUUGUGUGAUUCCAAUAAUCCAACUAAAAUAAAAGUAAAAUGAAGUUCUUGAUCGUUUUAAGUGCCAUCUUUUGUCUCUCAGCCAUCAGAGCUGCUCCAACCGAAGAACCAACUCCACUUGCUAAAGCCGCUGUCGAAUUUAAUCGGAGAUUUCUUAAUGAAUGGGAAAAAACGGUUCCUGGUUGGGAUUCAAAAGCUUCACUUCGAUCAAAUCUUUUGGCUCUUCUCUCAAAACCUUUUGACAACAAACUGGUUCCUGCAUGGAAUCCUGAUGUCAGUGCCAAGGAAAACUUCGAAAGGUACAUUGUUCUUCUUGAUGUCGAAGGUUUAGCUAGAAAUAAGUCUGUUGUUGAUAAUAUGGCGCUGAUUGUUCAAAAGUAUUUCGAUAAACUGCCAAUUCCAAUGUUUUUCCCAAAAAAUGAACUCGAAGAAAAGAUCGUCGAUCAAGUGAUGAAAUUUGUCACAGAACAGCAUUUUGGAUUCGACUACAACAAAGAGACUUUUGAUCAAGCUGUUAAUGCUUGGCUCAACAGUCUUGCUGAUAUUAAAAUUUCGGAUCCUAAAGACUUCAUCAAAAGCAAUUUAGAGCAACUUUAUGCCGCAAUUCCUUUUCCUGGCUUCAAUGCUGACAAAACUUUGGAGGAUAAUUUUGUUGCAUUGACCGAAUUUAUUUUGGAAAAACUUGACAUUUGAAUUUUCAUGUCUACAUGAAAUAUUUAAAAUAAUGAUUCAAUAAAUAUUAUAUAAUUUAGCA